AUGUCCACACCAGCCAAGAGAAGACUCAUGCGAGAUUUCAAGCGCAUGCAACAAGAUCCACCCAGUGGCGUCUCAGCAUCACCCUUGCCUGACAACGUCAUGAAAUGGAAUGCAGUAAUAAUCGGCCCCUCGGAAACCCCUUUUGAAGACGGCACAUUCCGGCUCAUUUUACAAUUUGACGAGCAGUACCCCAACAAACCCCCCAUUGUCAAAUUCAUACUGGAGAUGUUCCACCCCAACGUGUAUGCGUCGGGUGAGUUGUGUUUGGACAUUUUGCAGAACCGGUGGUCGCCUACAUAUGAUGUGAGUUCGAUCUUGACGAGUAUACAGAGCUUGCUUAAUGAUCCAAACAUUUCGUCGCCGGCGAAUGUGGAGGCGGCGAAUUUGUACAAGGAUCAUCGGAGUCAGUAUGUGAAGCGGGUGAAGGAGACGGUGGAGAAGUCGUGGAAUGAUGAGAGUAGCGAUGAUGAUGAUGAUGAUGAUGAAGAGGAGGAAGACGAGGAAGACGAGGAAUAG